AUGGCAAAAAGAGCAAACCCAUAUACCGAGGACUACGUGCAACAGAGUAAAGUGCAUGUAGGACUGAAACAGUUUAAUAAUAACAAAGAAAGAUUGGAUACAGUUUAUGAAAAAACUCUAGAGAAAUUAUUUAAAGGGGCAAAAAGGUCUCAGCAAGAUUCCAUUAAGAGUGAUGUGGUAGGCAUCGUAAAAGAAGAUGGAUUAAAACAGCUCUUUAUUGGCAACAACGGUUUACUGACGCAUUCUGGUAAAAUGUUAAAAGAAAAGCCAAUACAGAACACUUGCAAGUGUGGCAACACAAUGGUGGAAAGGUGUGCAUAUUGUGAAAAGGGGCUAUGUGUGUCUUGUGAAUAUUCCUGUAUACUGUGUUACCAAUAUUUCUGCACUGAAUGCUCAGUUUAUGGAUGCGAGGGUUCCAUCUGCUUCUCUUGUUAUAGAUGA